AAUAAAAAGAGGAACUCCCCUCUCCUCUUUGUGUAGUCAAAGUGUUUAUAGAUGGUUUAUAGCGUGCUUUAAUGUUAUUUAACCUGUUAUUAAUAACGGAAUUAACAGUUUCGCUGUUAAUAAUUCACUUCUGCUAAUGAAUUUGUAUCCAACGUGCUCGAAAAUCAAUGCAAGAAUGAAACUGGAAACUCGAUAUUGGAGAUAAUUGAGUAGUGCAGAAAAAGAUUGAGCGAAUAAAGUGCGCAGCUAACCUCAACAUGAGCUUCAACAAGAAAGUGGCGUACUUCUACAAUCCGGAGGUGGGCAAUUUCCAUUAUGGACCUGGUCAUCCCAUGAAACCACAUCGGCUAUCUGUAAUUCAUAGUCUGGUGCUUAACUAUGGUCUCCAUAAGAAAAUGCAGAUUUACCGGCCGUAUCGUGCCAGCACCCAUGACAUGUGUCGCUUUCACUCGGAGGACUACGUGGAGUUCUUGCAACGCGUCACGCCGCAGAAUCUUCAAGGUUACACUAAGUACCUGACUCACUUCAACGUCGGGGACGACUGUCCCGUGUUCGACGGUCUCUUCGAUUUCUGUUCCAUGUACACGGGCGCUUCACUGGACGGUGCCACCAAGCUGAACAACAACUGCUGCGACAUCGCCAUCAACUGGAGUGGCGGUCUGCACCACGCCAAGAAGUUUGAGGCGUCCGGCUUCUGUUAUAUCAACGACAUCGUCAUUGCUAUCUUGGAAUUGCUCAAAUAUCGGGCUCGCGUACUAUACAUCGACAUUGAUGUGCACCACGGAGACGGUGUGCAAGAAGCCUUCUACUUGACUGACCGCGUUAUGACCGUUUCGUUCCACAAAUACGGCAACUACUUCUUCCCUGGUACCGGCGACAUGUACGAGAUUGGCGCCGAAAGCGGUCGAUAUUAUUCAGUGAACGUACCACUGAAGGAAGGAAUUGAUGAUACAUCCUACAUGCAAGUUUUUAAACCCGUCAUAUCCAACGUGAUGGAAUUUUUCCAGCCGACGGCGAUAGUGCUGCAGUGCGGUGCCGACUCUCUGGCAAACGAUCGACUUGGUUGCUUCAGCCUCAGCACAAAGGGACACGGCGAGUGUGUCAAGUUUGUCAGGGAUUUGAAUGUGCCGUUGCUGACUGUCGGCGGUGGUGGUUACACUCUGCGAAACGUGGCCAGAUGCUGGACUUACGAGACAUCUCUGCUCGUGGACGAGCACAUCAGCAAUGAGUUGCCGUACACAGACUACUUGGAAUAUUUUGCUCCAGACUUCUCGCUGCAUCCCGAGGUAGUGACUAGGCAAGAUAACGCCAACAGCAAACAGUACCUGGAAUCAAUCACGAGGCAUGUGUAUGAUAACUUGAAGAUGAUUCAACAUUCUCCGAGCGUGCAAAUGCAGGAUGUACCGUGCGAUGCUUUGCCGCCCGAAGAGGAAAGGCAGCCAGAACCGGAUCCUGAUUCCCGACAGAAUACACAGGACACUGACAAGAUCGUCGAGCCAGCGAACGAGUAUUACGCCGGCGACAAAGAUCAGGACAAAAUAGACGCGAAUGACACGUGAAAGAAGCCAGUAUUAAAAUUCAAGAGGUUUUGAAAACCGCUCGGAAAAUGAACCUAAUUUUAAUUGAAACCAAUUAUUAUAGACAAUUUUUUAAAGAGAAAUUGACAUAACUGCUGGGUGAUUAUUUUCUUUACGAUUGUUUGUGAGUGCAAUUGUAACAAAUAUUGAAUGCAAUGAACGUUUUAGAUGAGAUACAUAUAUAAAAGCAUACAAAUUUUGUGUGAAUUUGUACAUAUAAAAAUUAAUACUAAAAUUA